AUGCCUUUCAAUCGAGGCCUCUUCGGUGCCGCCAGUGGCAGCUCUGCAGGCCCACAAGUAGUGGCAGCCUCUUUGGUGGGGGCACUGGCAGUGGCUUGUUUGGAGCUUCUUCGGGCGCAGGUGCAAGCAGCAGUGGUGGCUUGUUCGGCGCUGCUGCCGCUAGCAGCGGAGGAGGCCUCUUCGGUGCCGCCAGUGGCAGCUCUGCAGGCCCGCGACCUGCUGAACACUGUAGUGGCAGCCUCUUCGGUGGGGGCACUGGCAGUGGCUUGUUUGGAGCUUCUUCGGGCGCAGGUGCAAGCAGCAGUGGUGGCUUGUUCGGCGCUGCUGCCGCUAGCAGCGGAGGAGGCCUCUUCGGUGCCGCCGGUGGCAGCUCUGCAGGCCCGCGACCUGCUGAACACUGCGUGUAGUGGCAGCCUCUUUGGUGGGGGCACUGGCAGUGGCUUGUUUGGAGCUUCUUCGGGCGCAGGUGCAAGCAGCAGUGGUGGCUUGUUCGGCGCUGCUGCCGCUGGCAGCGGAGGAGGCCUCUUCGGUGCCGCCAGUGGCAGCUCUGCAGGUAGUGGCAGCCUCUUCGGUGGGGGCACUGGCAGUGGCUUGUUUGGAGCUUCUUCGGGCGCAGGUGCAAGCAGCAGUGGUGGCUUGUUCGGCGCUGCUGCCGCUAGCAGCGGAGGAGGCCUCUUCGGUGCCGCCAGUGGCAGCUCUGCAGGUAGUGGCAGCCUCUUCGGUGGGGGCACUGGCAGUGGCUUGUUUGGAGCUUCUUCGGGCGCAGGUGCAAGCAGCAGUGGUGGCUUGUUCGGCGCUGCUGCCGCUAGCAGCGGAGGAGGCCUCUUCGGUGCCGCCAGUGGCAGCUCUGCAGGUGGCAUGGGUGGCAUCCCAAACGCUCAAGAGGCACAACUGAUUUGCAUGGAGCUUGCCAGGAGGAUGGAGGAACUUUAUCCUGUUCUUGGCCGAGCUGCUGGAGACAGACAGAGCGCUGCUAUGGCUGCGGCGCAGGGCGGCGGAAUGCGCUGGUCUGCUGGCAACUUCUUGGCUUACAGCUAUUCCUUCUCUGCGAAUCUCCAAGCGCUUGCACAAGCCAAUAAUCCACAGGCAUUCAAUCCGAUGCAGCACGUGGAUCAGAUGAAGUGGCUUCAGGCAUUGCAAGCAAAUCCAGAUCCGAACUCCUGCUAUCCUGAAGCUAUGGUGGGCCUACCUGCUCUAGAGCAGAGGUUGCAGCAGCAGCAGAAGGCGGUGGAAGACCUGGGAGCUGCCUUGGAGGAGCUUCGAUCUGGAAUGGGAAAUCUGAAAGACCAUUUACAGGCACAGAGCUCCCAAAAGCUGGAGGAGUGCAGACAGCGCCAGCAGCGCUUGCAACGGCAACUCUUGCAGGUAGUUGUUGGGCUGGAACGUCGUGCCUUGCAGACUGGGGCGGCUCGCAGGGCUCCUCAGGAAGAGGCUCAGCUCGAGUCCCGCUUGGCCAGAUUGGAGGAGGUUUGUUGCGCUCCAGGAGGUGCCCGGGCACAAUUGGAGGAGCUGUCAGUCCAGCUGCGACAGCUGCUGCAGCUUCCAGGCGGCCCCAGUGCUUUGCUCGCUGGAGAUGAUUGCAAGCUGGCCCUCGGAGAGGGGACACCAGAUGUUAGUGGAUGCUGGGAGAAUCGGACGUUUGAAGUGUGUUGCGUGAAGUGGGAUAGCGGCAUCUUGCCGGGACAGUCUUGUUGGCCUGAGUCGAUCUUGGCAAAUGAAUACGAGAGAUGCUGCGUCGCUAAACCUGAUCGACCUCCAAGAUCCUUCUUCUCGUGUGUGGGCAAAGGUGUCUUCUGGGAGCGCUUGCGUCAGACCUUGUCCCUCUUUCAGUCGUUUCAGGUGUUGAAUGACACUCCUCUAGAUAAAGCUGAUCCAAAGGAAUGCCUUUUGGGUGGCGUUCUGGCCAGUAUGAUCAGACUUAUCCAUGUCACUACUGUAAACAGAUCGAUUGAAAAGAAGAGCCGGGACUACGAUCGUGCCGAAUAUUUGCUGAAAGUUUUAUUUACUAGCCCAGUGACCUUGGAAGAGAUUCUUGCUUCUGGCUGGCCCUUAUUCUUGAGUCUGGAUUUCUUUCGCUGGGAUUCUGGUUUCCAAGAAUUCGCGAAUCAGCGUAUGCCUGGGAUAAUGGCAGGAGACAGAACCAUGCGCUGGAGCAACACCUUAACCAACACAAUCCAGGGUGAGUCGAGUGGUCGAAUCCCUACUGACCUCGUUGUGAAGCUCACUAGCAGUGUGGCCAGAUCCCAUGAGGAAGUCUUGUGGCAACUGAUGCCAGUUUUUACUGCACUCACCGCUUAUCACAAUCUACGGCUGGAUUUACCCCGUGCAUCGGACCAACUCCCAGCACUGGGUAUGGAGGCAAAACGACUGGUGCAAUUUGCAGAUGCCGAGCUGAAAGCCUGGAUAUCUCUUUUCACGCAUCCCUUCUCGCUGCUGAUCAAGAUGGAGGUUCCAUUGGUCAAUUUGCUGCAGGCUUUGUCUUGGCCUGCGGUAGUCUUGACCCGCCCAGGGACUUAUAUGACAGACACAAUUCACUUCCCUGGCUCGCGCCUGGCUAGCAUUGUGUCUGAAAGAUUCCGGAAACACUCAGACUUGCCAUUGCUGGAACAACACCUUCACCCUGGCUUUGACGCUGCAAGUAAUAUGGUGAGAACCACCGAGCAGCCAAUGUGCUAUGCUCCAGGCUUUUUGUUUGUAGUUUUGGCUAUGGCGGCCCACAGCAGCUGUGACGGUGGGACACAGGUGUGCACUCCAUGGCCUUUUCCAGUACAGGUGUGGGACAUUGGCGCAAGCUAUGGUGACUGCAUCUUGUGGGCAGCCUCAAUGCUUCUGAAACAUUGGAACGGGCCCAGGCUUGAAAUGCGAGGUUUUGAAGCACUGCCCUCAGCGGCGGCUGCUUUCAGGCGGUCAGCAGAAGGUCUAAAGAAGGCUUGGGGAGUGCAAAAGACUGACAGAGGGGACAAGGGUCCGCAGGAUUCCACACAUUCUGUUGAAGUCAUUGUUGAAGAAAUGGCAAUGCGAGACGCACCUGGACAAAUACAAAUAUCAUUUCCCAGUCACUCCAUGGCACUGGCAACUUUCCAUAGAUGCAAAGAACGAUACAGUGAAGCAUCCAACAAUCUCUACUACUGCGUGGAGCGGUCGACAACUGCAGAGACGCUCGACACAUACAUUUCUGGCCUUGCCUCGGAAGGCUCUGUCAGACCCGUUGAUGUAUUGAAAGUUCAUGUCCAAGGAGACGAGCUUUUUGUUCUACGAGGAGGAAGAAGAUCCUUGAGCAAGAAUAGGGUGUGCGUGCUGCACAUGAACCUUGAGACACUUUCACUCCGUACGGAUGAUGCCCAAACCAUGGAACUGAUGGCAGAUGAAGUGCUUCAAAUUCUUGAAGGCUUUCAAGGCGUGCUGGUAAGUCUGUGGAGCCAACAGCCAGCUACCAGGGAAGCUGUGAAGUCCACCAUUGUGAACAGUCGAAACCCAGAUAAAGUGGCUUGGAGGCCACCUGAUCCCAAAAACCCGCCAAAGGCUGACGAGCAGCGCCAUGAGUUGGUCGCAUGGAGAGAGGAAGGCGCGCAGAGUGCAGAGAGCUCGGUGUUGCGAGUGACCGCACAACAGGGAGAGUUGUUGGAGCUCUUGAGCGAAGAUCUGGCCCGACGGCGGCGGGAUGCUUCGCAGCUGGAAGCGGCCUUGGGCAUGCGAGGAGGUGCAGUUGCUCGGGCGUCUCCAGGAUUGCUCCCAGGCGACUUGAGCAACACCUGCACCGAUGCCCACAGGCUUUCCACUUCCGUCGAGACAGAAAGUCUCAACCAGCCCUUCAAUGGCAUCAAACAUGAGAGGGUUCAAUCGCUGCCAAUGGCAGAGCAAGACAGACUGUACCGGAACACAACAGGCUUAACGGAUAGGCAUGGACGGGCAUAUGAUCGAAGAUACCAAGUCAAGGACCGAGACUGGAACACAGCCGUGCUGACAGAGGAACAACAAGAAAUGAUUCGGAAAUUGGUGAAGUGCAAGAAAUCCCUGGACUGGGAGAGGGCUCUUGAAAUCUAUCAGGCGCUGCCAGAAAAUGCUGGCGAGGAGUGGCAGCCAGUUUUUCGAAGUGUUUUGCAUUGUUUGUGCAAGGCCUUGCGUUACCAGGAGGCAAAGCAAGUCUUUCAGCGGCUCCCGGUGAAAGACACUCCUGCGUAUAAUUUCAUGCUGUUGAUGCUGGCACGGCUGCAGCAUUUGGAGGAAUUUGAUAGAGUUCUUGGAGAUAUGGAUGCCGAAGCAGUGCCUCGAAAUGCAAUUACAUACUGUCACAUCAUGACUAGCUGCGCUACCAGUCAUAAUUGGAGUGAAGCGUUAAGCUCCUUGGGGAGUUUGAAGGCAGAUUCCACACUUCAUGAUGGUUCAAACUGGGCUGUGGCCUACCUUCUUCCAAUGAGUGCCUGUGCUCGAGCAAAACAGCGACUGAAGGUGGAGGAGCUGUUGAAGGAAUAUCGGAGCAGUGGCAAGGGCACGCCGCAAAGAAAUCACUACAAUUGCCUGAUUGUUGCGUGCGGUUCUGACUGGGAAGCAGCUCUGAAAGUGUUUCAGGAUCUCCGCGCAGAAGGAUGGAGGCCUGCCAGGCCAGACUGGCAUGCACUCAUGAGGUGCCACAUGGAUUUUCAGGAACAGCGCAAGGUCUUUGCGCAAAUGAGGCAUGACCUUCCUGAUGCACUGCCUGAAGAGGCUUGGGGCAUUCUGCUUCGCACAGCUAUUCUGAACGAUGACCUUGACGCGGCAGACUGGGUGUUGCAAGACAUGCGUGAGAAUGGCUGUGACCCAGAUUCACCAAGAGCUCAAGCGGUGCCUUUCUUGAAGCGAGCAAUUUCUUCGUGGAGGGCACGUCAAAAAGAUGCCCAGCUACAGACUGCCUGGGAAAGCUAUUCCCCAAGCAGCCUAACCGCGUUCGAAUCAUUCCAGAAUCGGGAGGGAAGCACAAAGUCGGAAUCAACACUGCCAGUUUCAGCUGCCAGUGAACUGCCACGCGGUUGGCAAUCCACAAUUGACCCCAAUACCGGGCAGCCCUAUUACUGGCGAAUUGAAGAUCCAGCCGGAACAACGACUUGGGCCCGCGAGCUCUUCACAAACAUGGGUGCAGAGGAUCAGCGUCGAGUACUGCUCGCAGCCCAGAACUCUGGACCUCUCAACAUUUUCCGUGAACCCAUGGAGAUGUUCAAAUUCAGAGUCUCAAUCAAUAAAGAGCGCGAAAAGGAGAUUGCCGAUCGCAAAGGUGGGGAGUUUGUAGCAAAGGAAGCUGCAGAGUAUGAGGCCCACUCCUCUGGAAGUUUCUCUGUGGAACCUCCGCAUGUCAGUGAAGAUGCUACAGUCAAGGCUCCGCAGAUGUUGCUGAACUUGAUUGUCGGAGGCUUGGGCACUGGCAUGUUGAGUCUUCCCUGGGCCAUGGCCGGAGCAUCCAUACUGGUUGGUGCAGUCAUCAUAGUGCUUGUCAUUGGUGUGAACUUAUGGACAAUCAUGAUUCUGGUUCAUGCAUCCGAAAGGUACCAGGUUUUUGACUUGGGUGCCUUACUGGGUAAGCUCCCUGGCAGACUUGGUCCAGGCAUGCAGACGUUUGUGAACCUGAUGGUCUGGAUCGUGCUGUAUGGGAGCUUGCUUAGCUAUAUCAUUGGCAUUUGCGACUCUGCACAGCCCUUUAUCCAAGGGACCUUUUUCGAGCAGCGAUGGGCCCUUGCCGGCGCAGCUUGCCUGAUUGUCCUUCCACUUUGCUUUCUCGAUCAGAAAUACUUAUCUUUUUCCUCCGGUGCUGCAAUCAUUGUGAACUUGUACUUGAUGAUUUUGGUAGGUGUGGAGUUCUUCGACAGACUUAGACUUGACAGGGAUAACCUGCCGCACAGCAUCUGUGAAUUUGGAUUGGCCAAGGGUUCAGUGACCAUGGCCAGCACCAUGAUGCAGAGCGUUAUCAUACAGAUGUGCGUAUUGCCGAUGUACAAGGAACUCGAGAAUCGAUCACCCGACAAAUUCGGCAGGAUUCUGCUGAUGGCCUUUUCUACUCUGGCAGUGCUUUUUAUUUUCCUUUCUGUUGCUGGAUAUGUUGCUUUUGGGCCAACUGUGAACAGCAAUUUAUUAGUGUCGUUGCCACACAAUACCGCUAUGAAUGUGGUACAAGCCGGAAUGAUCAUUGUGUUGGCUGCUGUUUAUCCUGUCAUGAUGAUCGCAAUGACAGCGCCAGUGAAAAACCUCCCGUUGGAGCGCUUUGGUGCCGGGCCGGGUGCUGCACGCAAGAAGUCUUUGGCAGUUGCAGGCCUGACGGUCUUUUUUGUGGCCGCCUCGUUCGUUCCUGCGCUGAAGGUGAAAUCACUGGGUCUGGUGAACGUGCUGGAUGGUGCUUUGUGCUUGCUCGUUUUCACUGCCAUGGCUCCUGGGUUGGUUGGCCUGCUGUUACUUGGACGAGAAGGCAAGUCUUGGAGGCUGGCCAUGGCUUUGCUCCUUCUCUUUGGACUUGUUGGAGCAGCGGCUGGCUUUGUCUUCACUGACAACGAGUACGAACUUCUUGAAAAGGCUUGUAGGGUUCCAAGCUCGCAUAAAGCCAGCCUGCUGGGCGCCUGGGAACCGCGGCCACAGAUUUAUUUGUGA